AUGGUGGCCAUGACUAUUAAGAAGGGAGAAAUACUGCGUACUGCGUUUCUAAGCGAGGUUGAGAAGAUGAUUGUUAGUUUACAAAUAAUAUUAUACAUUUGGGCUGAGGAUAGAUUAAUCUUUUCAGAAGUCUUACAAACUGGUAUCAAGGUCCCACCGCCAGGAAUCUAUGAUGUGCUUAGAUUUCACCUGGAGGGCCCCGAGUUCAAGAUGAGACAAGCUAUUAAGCCAAGAUUCACUAUUCCUCCGAGUCAGACUGUUAGUGUUUCGGUGCUCGUGUCACGCAAGAAUUCCGAUACGGUUGCUUGCAUCAUUAAUAAAUCCUUCUUUGAGUAUGUAGAUCGGACAGCAUAUAGGGCCAUGGCAUUUGACUAUUUAGAAUUCUCUCCUGUCCACCCCUUCAUUGUAGGUGCCCGGGCUUGGUUUUCUUUGCUUUUCAAUGAAGAUGGAAAUGAAGGUGUUAUUGAUGUUUUCGGGAUUGAAAUGGAUUUCUGUGAUACUGCAAAUUCCAAGGAAGAGGUUCUAUGGUUAUUACACAUGCUUAAUUGGAAGUGAAGGGUUGGACUGUGCAGGACAAGAAGGAAGAACAUGAAUUGGCUGUGAUACGUGUAUUUGCAUGUCCAUUGGCCUGAGAGGUACUAUGUCUUUUGUUAUCUUGCAUGUUCAGUCUGUACAUAUUUUUCACUAUUCACCGCGUUAAUAAAUAUGAACAAUCUUUGUAUUCAAAUCUUGCACAUUCUGUGGUCAUUUUUAUCAUUUACCUAAGAGGGAGUCAAUUGUAUUCUAUCUGUCUAAUGACCAAGUGUUGAACGUUGUAAUAAUAUCUU